AUCAAUGUCGAUAAUUUAACAUAUCUCCACCAGUUUAGUGGCAACGGUUAUAACAAAUCAGAUUAAAAAAUAUAAUUAAAUAUUUUUUUUAUUCAACUUUGCUUGUGAGAUUCCAUGUGUUUAUGAGUUAUUUUUUAUAUAAUUUUUUUAUUUAUAUUUCGUAGGACGUAGUUUAAAACUUUUUAGACAAGUUCCAAAGAGGUUAAAGUUUUAAAAAAUAGACCCGGGUUCGAGUCCCGGCCUAGCAGAACCGCAGAACCCUAAAAUAAAGAUUCGUUUAAUACACAGAGUAAGCUUGAAUUCAGUAGAUACAUGGAUCGUGGAAAAGCAGGAGUUGGAAGAGCUGGAAAAAGUAAAAUUGCUCAACACCCUUCUGAUUUAUUUGCAUUAGGAUCAAAAAGUUCACGGAAUGAAAGCUCUGAUGCUAAAAAUAGACCAGGUGUUGCUCAUACAAAACCAAGUAGUAGUUUGUCAACUUCUGGAAGUGAUAGGAAAAAAGAUGCACCAUCAGGAUCACUUCAGUCAUUUCAAUAUAUAGCACAGAAGAAGCCUAAGUUAGCAGGUCAUGUUGGUCCUCAUCAACGACCACCUUUCCCUAGUGCAGAAGCUUGGGAAGUUGUAGCUAUAGACAGUGAUCCUGCUGACUUUGUUCCUAUGGCACUUGAGGCUAACGAUAAUGAUGAAGGUGACAAAGUUAUAGGGAUAACAUGUGGUGCUAUAAAGACACUUAAAAAUCAGAAAUGGAAACCUGAAAUCUUAAUUUAUAUGGGAUUAUUGUAUUUAGCGAAAAUUCGUCCAUCUAUUUUCUCAAAUGAUUGUAUAUUACAUGCUUUGUCGUCUUUAUUGAAGAGAGAUCAAAGUUAUAAUUUUAAGAGCAAGGGAAAUCCAUUAGUACCAGUACUAGCUGCAAAUCUGCUGAUGAAAGGAUUUUACGAUAAGAAAAACUGGCCAGAAAUAUUUGUGAAGCUGUAUGUGGAGGACGCUGCCGCGGAACGUAUUUGGAUCGAUCAUGAAGAAUGCAAAGGUUUCGUUGACAACAUAGCGACUGGUUUCGGCACAAGACAUCCACCAAAGUCUGCGCUCCAGUCAGAAUUUCCGAUAUUGGUGCCACGAGACUGUCAAAGUCCAUCCACAGUAGAUGACGAAGACCCGACGACCUCGGCAACGUCGUUAUCUGUGGACAAAGAGAAGAUAGAGUUUACAGUGAGUCCGCGAUACUCACAUUGUAUGGAGAACAUAGAGUCGAUAGUGUUGGAGGCAGUGAAGGAGCAAUUGAAUAGGCGUCAACCAGAGUCUAUUACGAGAAACUUCUUGAGACUACUCUCUGCGACGUGUGGCUUCGUUGAGAUCAGAAACAUUGCUGUCCCGAGACUGGAAAUGUGGCUGCACAAUCCUAAAUUGAUGAGACCCGCGCAAGAAUUGCUCAGUUAUGUAUGCUACAACUGCACAACCCACACUCAAAGGGACGUCGAGGUCAUAAGCCAGUUGGUGAAGAUGAGGCUGAAGACGAAAGCUGUAAUCAAUAUGUAUUUGAACGGUGUUAAAGAACUGAUAGGACUGCAUCCGGAGAAUCUAGCUACUAUACUGAAACAUACGAUCUAUAACGAAUUAUCGAAUGCACGUAAUCCGAACAAUAUGCCAAUGUUAGCGAUAAUGUUUCAGACAUUACCUGAACAGUCAGCAAAGUUGCUCGCAGAAAUCUUUCAAGAGUUACUGAUGAACCGUGAAGAUUAUCUGAGGCCGUUACGUGCAUUGUUUCGAGAAAUUGUGCGUGUGUGUCGGCACGACAUUAAUCUCCUUACUUUCACGCGAACGCUCAUGUCCGAGAGAGCGGAUUUGGCUCAGCAGCUAAUAAAUUUUGAAUUCAAAGAUCGCAUGUUCAUGUCCAUAGCAGAUUUAUUAUGUCUUUGCAUGCUUAUGGCAAUAAGUCCGCAGGUGAAAGAGGCCGCGACUUUGUCACAGCGUGCGGACAAGAAGGAUGUGACUUUAAAAAAUUUUCAGACGAAUGUAUCCAAGAUACAGAACGAGGCAAUAUCAUGGUUACAAAACUCAGCGCAGCAGAUGUAUGCCAUUGGACGAAACGAGCUGUUGCACGCAUUGCACAAGAUUUUGCUGCUGGAAGCUCACGAGCAGUAUUAUAAAUUGGACAAUUGGCCUCCCGAAUCAGACAGAGUAUUUUAUCUACGGUUGGUAUCUGAUGUACCUUUGCAGGAGGCUACAUUAUGUAGAUUGCUGCUGUUUGGCCUUUCGAAGGACAAUAGUAUCACUCAUUCAGAGACAAUGGAUUUAGGUGAUCAGUUGAUACGACGAGCCGCCGCCAAUUCGACGGAACAUUUCCAGAUGUUAGAAGUUAAAAAGAUGGAUGUGGUCGAUCUUAUCUUUAAUCUCUCUGUAUAUCAACCACCAGGUACGAUAAAUAUACCUGUGGAUUAUGUGCCACCAUCAUUGGCGAUAUCUAAUCUCUACUGGAAGGGGUGGAUCAUGAUAUUAAUUCUAGCUGCUCAUAGUCCAGAUACGAUCGGCAUGACUGUAUGGAAACAAUAUCCGAUUCUUAGGACACUGAUGGAAAUGUGCAUUACUAAUCACUUUUCAUAUCCGCCACCGACUAUGGCGAUCCCUGAAGUCAUGGAACAGGAACGUGCCAAGGAAAUGCAAGUCGAAGCUAUCGAGAAGCAAAACAUAUUGGAAUAUGAGUCGCACUUAGCUGCGGCGUCCACUAGAGUCCAGUUGUCCGAGCAAAAUAGUUUCCUGCUGUCGCAAUUGAUUUCUAUGGAUCCGACAGGGAUCGCUAGGAGACCGCCUCCGGGCGUGCUCGAGCAGAUACAGUUGUUAAAUACGACUCUUCGAUUAGGGCAUUUGUUUUGUCGAUCGCGAAAGCCAGAUUUCUUGCUGGAAAUCAUCCAGCGUCAACAACAGAAUACGUCGCAGAGCAUGCCAUGGUUAGCGGAUCUGGUGCAAAACAGUGAAGGUUCGUUAAGUCAGCUGCCGGUGCAGUGUCUUUGCGAGUACCUAUUGACUACCAGUCCGCAAACGGUUGAGAAGCAACCUAGGCAACAGCAACUUCUAGCCCAUCUUCAGACUUUGCUGACCGACUCCAAUGAAGAUCAACAGCACGCUUAUGAAGUUCUCGAGUACUUUCUUAGGAGAUUAAGUAGCCAACAGAGUAGUAGUCGUCUCCAAGCUAUCACCGGCUUGAGAAUGAUCUUGGAUUCUCUAACACUAGAAGAUGAAACUAUGGAUGUGGAUGGAGAAAACGAGAAAGAAAAAUGGCUUUUACGAAAAUUGCCAUCCAUACCUCAUUUUUUGUCUGUACGUUCUUUACUCUCUACGGCGUUACGUGGUGCUUGUCAGGUCGAAAACAGCCCUGAACUGGUGCAAGCUUACAUAUCGUAUCUGGCUACGCAUACUGUCGAUGAUGAUCUACCUGAUUUAACUGACUUGGCCAAUGAAAUAUCCCAAUUGGUAGUCGAACGUAGCACAAUUAUCGCGGCCAUUCUCCCGCAACCCGAGAGUGACAAUCAGCUAUCUAGACAAACUUUGCAUGCUUUUAUGGCGAUAUUCUGUAACUAUCUUCAGAAAGCUCGUUUACCGAGAGGGGAGGGGUAUCAGUGGUCUGAAAGUCAGGAUCAAAUUCUAGUUCAGUGGAGCAAUGGAGAAGAAUGUACUAUGCAUAUUCUUGUAGUUCAUGCUAUGAUUAUAUUGUUAACAUACGAUACGUCUGAGGAUGAUCCAUUGUUCAAUAAUCUACUUGAGACGUGGUUUCCUUUAACAGAACCACCGAAGGCCUUCCUCGUGGACACCAGCGAGGAAGCGUUGCUUAUACCUGACUGGCUCAAGUUGAGAAUGAUUAGGAGCAACGUGCCACGAUUAGUCGAUGCAGCAUUGAAAGAUCUCGAGCCCCAACAGUUGGUACUCUUUAUACAAAGUUUCGGAAUACCUGUUGCAUCUAUGAGUAAACUACUACACACGUUAGAUGCUGGUGUGCAGAUCGAUCCAGGAUCAGUAGGUGAAGCGGUAUUAGACAAGACGUACAUGGCGCAGUUGGUCCAAGUACAACACAGAAGAGGCGCGACGGGUGGUCUCGUGUUCGUCCAAGUGUUGCAAUUGCUAGAGCCGCAGUUACCAGACGAAAACAUCAUGUCGAUUAAAAAGCUACAGCACCCGUUGCCACCGAGUGCCACGGUGCAGAAACAAUCCGUUAUACACUGCUCCAUCAAAACAGACGUACCUCACUUGAUAAACCGACUGUUUAUCGAGAAUAUCCCCAUGAAUCAGAAGAUGGACGCCCAUAGGCGGCUUCACAAGAUCCUGUCGAAGGAUUUACAACGUUCCACGAAGGAGAGUAGCGCAGUUGUGCUGGCGAUACAACAUAUAUGCAGCGUGUUGAGCUCCAUGCAGGUCGAACAAUUCUUGACCUCGCUUGUACACAUACCACAUUGCUCGUGCACGUUGAUGCGUAUGAUACUGCUACCGCUCAAGAGGCCGACGAUGUCACAACACGUGGUUGAGUUGGCACGCAACAUGUGCUUGAAUCUGAUAUCACUGAUAGGCGAUGUAAAAGCGCCGGUACUGUCGAUUCUUCGGGACUUCGCCAGUGUACAACUGACGAAGGCGUCGCAACGUACAGAAUUGUCGACGCUAAUGCAGAAACAUGAAAGUCCUAGUUCGAUAUUAGAAGACAUGGAUCCUGUGAAUCUGGAAGAUGUAGGCCGUAGAUUAUUGGAUCUCUGUUUGAAACAACAGAAGAACGACGUCUUGGUCGAAGCAAUGGCGAAACUGUUAGUCGGUGAUAGUAAUGAGGGUGCGUUGAAACCUCGUACGGGUCUGUUGAUAGAUUGGUUGGCCUCGGUGGAGCCCGAGUUGAUUGGCAUCUGUCCCAAUCUUCAGAUGAAGCUCUUAUUUGGCAAGACAAAAGUACGUAUUAUUACUGACGGAAACGUCGUGAGCUCACAUUCUUGCAGACCAUACCUGUUGACUUUACUGACACAUAGAGCUAGUUGGACUACUUUGCACAAAUGUGUGCAACAUUUGCUCAAUAAAUGCGAUGAAGGAUAUGAUCCAACUGCUGUAUUAGAUUUCCUAUGGGCGCUGACGUGUAAUCCGAAAUUAUGGCAAGGUAGAGACAAGUUCACACCAAAGCAUUAUAUCCCAGAAGAUGUCUUGUUGUUGGAGAAAAACCAGCUACUUCAUCUAGUAGCAUAUAUAGUGGGUGAGGCUGCUAGUAUCUGUAAUAUGCAGAACAGAAAUGCUGCUCUUGCUAAGAUGUAUGUCAGGCUGGACUUGCUACUACAUUGUAUAUCCGCUGAAGAUAAACUGAUUCUCCCCGUGGUAAUCUAUUUAGCGGAACGUAUGAUGAUGAAUGACUGUAUAGAUUCAGAUAUGGCCCAUCAGUUUCUGCUGCACAUGUACAUGAAAAUUCCUAAAGUUAUCUGUUAUCUGAAUACUUACCAAACGAACAAAUUCGUCAAUGGAGCAAAGAUAACAGACUGGGUGGGCUCAGUACUGGAUUGCAUGAGUCAUUCCUUAUUGACAGCUUUGGCAGCAACGCCCAGGCAGAAGUCCUGGAACUCCAAAUCUCAAGAAUUCGAACUCUGUGCUAGGAAGAUGGCUGCAGUACAUCCCAUAUUAGUCCUACGACAAUUGCCAAUGUUAGCGUCUUCUUUGAUGGGAAGAUGUUAUCUUGACUUCGGUCAAUUUCGAGCCGGCCACCAUUUGAAUCUCUUUACGCAAGUCAUGGGUUUACUUGAAUUGCUGCAACCACAUUUGUUUAUGGAAGAACAUGAGACUUCGUUGGAACACACCUUAGAAAAUUACUUUCAAUGUUUUCAAAAUUACGGCCCUAUCAAGGAUCUCAUCCCUUUACUGAACAGAUUCGUAUCCUUAUUGCAAUCAUAUAUAUCGCAUGAUCCACAACGGGCGAUGAGAUACUUACAGAAACAUGCACAUAUUCUGCACGAACUGCAAGUACAUUACCCUAAUUUAAUCUCUUUGAGAGCACUCGUGUCAGGUAUACCAAUGCCGAAGGAAGGAGAAGACGCGGACGACAUUCCGAUCACCAUAGCUCCCACACCUUCACCCACAGAGUCUGGUGUUCCGCAGCAUUGGCAAUCGUUAUUGACUACACUUACCAAGCUGCAUGGCGAAGAUGUCUUCAACGCACUUCAGGAGAUCGAACAUUUGUCGUCGCGAAAACCUUUGGUUUUAGAACCGAUAAUGGACAAUAUAGCGGAGCUAUUGGUAUCGCCGCAGGGCAAUAUCAGGACUUUGGCGCACACUUUACUCGCUAGGGCGUUGAAGCAUCGUCCUUUACCAAACGUCAAUAUACUGUCUGCAUUUCAACGGUGUUUAGACAGUCAUAGGGCGGACGUUCUUUUAUCAGCUCUGGAAAAACUACCGGAUAUUGUACUAUGUAUGCAAGGUGAGAUGACGAUUCAUAUAAUGAUAACUUUUCUUCGAUAUUUACUUGUAACGAAUCUCUUGAUUUCUCUCAUAGAACACGCUUUACCACUGAUGAAAAAAGUGUUCGAAUUGGGAGUAAACUCGAAUGUCAACACGAUACCUUACAUUACUAAGACUAUUGCACUGCUAAACACGCAACAAGGUUGUUAAUUUAAGAGAAUAUUACUGUUAGUUGUGUACUACUACAUUACAUUCUAUCAUUACCUUUAUCAUUUAUACUGUUCCCUGUCUAUAAAUAUCAAUACUAUUAUUAUAUAUAUAUAUUAUCAAGUAUGUUUGUCUUUAUAUAUAUAUGUUUAUAAAACUCUAGUCUUUUGGACUAUAGAUUUACAAAUACAAAUAAAAGAAACUUACAAUAUAAA